AUGGAUAGGGCACUACUUUUCGAUUUACACCAGCCUGAGAUUAUCAUUCCCGAGCCAAAUACCAGUGCCGUGGAAGUGGCCAAGCACUGUCUGCCACCAGGGACCAUAGUGCGCAUCUCGCUCCUCGACUCUCCGCCGGAAUCUAACGAGGAGAUUACCGACUACGAGGUCAUAAAGUACGACUACUGCCGCCAGUUGCUCCGCCUGAAGACUGCCAAGUUGGUGGCCAACGAUGAGGAGGCACCGCAACCACAACUAGUGGAAGCUGAAGCGGUAGUCGUAGUCGAGGAGGAAGCUAAGCAGGAACUGGAAGCUAUGGAGGAACUAGAAGCCAAGCAGGAACCGGAACCUAAGCAGGAUCAGGAAUCUCAGCAGGAACUCGAAGCCAAGGAGGAAGUGGAAUCUCAGCAGGAACUCGAAGCCAAGGAGGAACUAGAACCUAAGCAGGAACUGGAAGCCGAGCCGGAACUACUGGAGGUAAGCGAAGAUCCUCAUGCCAAAGGUGAUACCCUCUCCAAUCAAGGGGAAGCCGAUCAAGAUGCUCUUGAUGCCAAGCAGGACUUGCUAGGUCCUGUGGCUGCUGCUCCUCCGGUCGCUCUACCGGAGGAUGGCGGCGGCGGUGAAGAAGCCUGCAAAGAUGAGGUUCCUCAAGUGAUCCUCGUCGAUUUGCGUUAUUGCUGUAAGCUGGAUAUCAUUAGGCUACCCGAGCCAGAAACCCCUAAGGAUAAAGAGGAGAUGCUGGACAUUCAGGAACCAGAUAAACUUAAGGAGGAUGGUGUAGAUCAAGAAGUAGAACUUCAGAAGAUUAGACCUUCUGAGGAUACAUUGCCACAUAUAGAACACGAAGACAUAGUACUAUCAAACGAAGAAGACAAGGAGGACCUGGAUAUAGAGCAGGACAUAAGGCUGUUAUGGCUAGAUCCCCACAAAGACGAUGACGAGGACGAGGAAGAGACUAACAAGGAGGACCAGGAGGAAAUGGUGGAUCAACUAGAGGUCCCAGAACUUCAACUCGAAUCGGAAGCUUCUGAAUGGGGCGACUCUAACUCCUGCGAUUUCGAUGAUGAUCCCUCUUUCGAGCCUAGCCCUCUCGUCCUGGAGCUGCGUCGUCUGCUCCGCCGCCAGCUGCCGUACGUCGGCAGGAUUCGCUGCGAGCCCAAUGCCAUUAUUGUGGAGGAUCGGGUUAUCAUACAACGUCCUUAUCUGGCCAUCAAUGUGAAGGUCCUGCCCGAGCCAGAAGCCACUUCCGACUCUUUCACUUCACACAUAAACGAUAUAGGAGCUUAUACCACUGGGCAGUUGCUGGCGGAGAUCCGCUGCCUAGUCCACCAGUUUCACGAGGAGUUCAUCGUGGUGCUGCUCUGGCGCAGAUUGCGCUUCAAUGAGGCUUCUCUGGAAACGCCUCGCUUCGAUCCAUCGUUCUUCGAAGACAAUUCAGCCGAGGAGGAGGAGGAUCAUCCUUCUUCUAAUGAUGCUGUAGAUAAUGAUGAAUUAUUGCAGACCGAUCCGGAACCGGAACCGGAAACAGAGCCGGAGGAUAUGCCGUUGUCUGCGAAGGAGCCUUGCGACUUGCCUGCGAAGCAGCCUCGCAAGAAGAAGUGCUACGUUAACUUCAUUCAGAAUUACGAGUACGUGACGAAAAAGGUGGACACUGCUACCCCGGAGGGGUUCCUCAACCGCCUGCGCCAGAUCCAAGCCAAUAAGAUGAAGCUCCGCCAGCUGGAGCUCGCCAAGGCCCGGCUCGAGGAGAGUCGCCGCCUGGCCGACAUCUCGCUGGUUGUGCUCAACACCUCACCAUCGAAAUCAGGUCCGCGUCCUAGACGCCUCGGACACAAGCGGCCCAACCCGCCGCGGGAUUCGCCCAAGAAUCGCGAUAGCGUUAGCGUUUAAUCAAACCGGAGAUGGUCCGGGUUGGGCAUCAUCUUUCCUCUAUUUUGAAGAACAAGCCAUCGGGACUGCACUUGCAAGUUUAAAACCGAUGAGAUGAUGUCCAAAUUGUU